ACGCAAGAAGAGAAACUCUGCAGUCUUCUUCUUCUUCCCCUUCGUCUUCCCCCAACACCGGCGAACCCACCGCGGAGCGAAACCCUAAUUCGAAUCCCCGAACCGGCGCGCGCCUCCCCGUAUUCGGAGCCGAGCCGAGCCGAGCCGAGCUCGAGGUUUGGGAGCGCUUUGAUUUGGGCGCGAGGGCGGGAGCGGCAUGGAGAUGCGGGCCGGGCUGCGGAGCUGGAGCUGGAGCUGGAGCUUCGUCGUCGUCUGCGCGUCGUGGCUAACCCUAGCGACGCUCCGGCUGGCGGGCGCCAACUCCGAGGGGGACGCGCUGUACACCUUCCGGCGGAGCCUGUCGGAUCCGGACAACGUGCUCCAGAGCUGGGAUCCGACCCUGGUCAACCCCUGCACCUGGUUCCACAUCACCUGCAAUCAGGACAACCGCGUCACUCGAGUGGAUUUAGGAAACUCUAAUCUAUCUGGACAUCUGGUACCUGAACUCGGGAAGCUCGAGCAUCUUCAGUAUCUUGAGCUUUACAAGAACAACAUUCAAGGAACUAUUCCAACCGAGCUUGGUAACUUGAAGAGUCUCGUUAGCUUGGACUUGUAUAACAACAAUAUCACUGGGAACAUCCCUCCCUCACUGGGGAAGUUGAAAUCUCUUGUUUUCCUGAGGCUAAAUGAUAAUAAGUUGACUGGGCCAAUCCCAAGGGAACUUGUUGGCAUUUCAAGUCUAAAAGUCGUGGAUGUAUCAAACAACAACCUUUGCGGAACUAUUCCUACUACGGGACCAUUUGAACACAUUCCGCUGAACAACUUUGAGAACAACCCACGACUAGAAGGACCCGAGUUGCUCGGGCUUGCAAGUUACGACACCAACUGUUAUUAAUGGGUUGCAUAAUGCGAAAUCUCAUAGUUGGUAUGGUCAUGCAGUCUCAAGAGUCAGAAAUCUAUCAUCUUACAGUGUAAAAGUGGAUCUGUCAAUGCGAUCCUCAUAUGAGUAAUUUGUAUAUUGUAUUAUACUUGAAUGCUUUAGCAUUUGGAACUCUGGGUUGUUAUGUUGUUUGGGAGACAUUCUAAGUUAUGAAUCUGUAUUGUCAUAGUACUAGUGGAAGCUUGAUAGCAAAAAAUCGAAGCGGUUUUCGGUGACGUGAUGGUCAGAACUGAUGCUUUGACAAUAUCGAUAGAUUGACAGUCGGCGUCACCGCCAAUAUUGAUAGUCGAAAUGGGUCUAUUUUGUUGCAGAA